GCGAGUGGGGCCGAGGGGAGGAAGGAGCCGGGCCCGGGGCCGGGGCCGGGGGGAGGCGUGUCUUCCUGCGGCUUCGGGAGCCUCGGCGGCUGCGUGAGUCAGUGAGUCCGGCGGCAUGUUCAGAAACGGCGUGGCCUCGCAUGACAGCGCCUCCCCCGAGAAGAGGAGGCGGAUGGUGAGGGUCUGGUGCGAUGGCUGCUAUGAUAUGGUGCAUUAUGGGCACUCCAACCAGCUGAGACAAGCCCGUUCUAUGGGGGAUUAUCUUAUUGUCGGAGUACAUACAGAUGAGGAAGUGUCCAAGCACAAGGGUCCACCUGUAUUUACAGAGGAGGAACGUUACAAAAUGGUCCGUGCAAUCAAGUGGGUGGACGAGGUCAUCGAGGGAGCACCAUAUGUAACGACGCUUGAAACUCUGGAUAAAUACAACUGUGAUUUCUGUGUCCAUGGAGAUGACAUUACCCUGACUGCUGAUGGAAAGGACACAUAUGAAGAAGUAAAGAAGGCAGGCAGAUACAGAGAAUGUAAACGCACACAAGGUGUUUCUACUACUGAUCUGGUUGGUCGAAUGCUUCUUCUCACUAAAGCUCACCAUAGCAACAUUGAAAAAAAUACAGAAUACCAGGAGCACACUGACAAUUUUGGCAAGGGUCCAAAAGGUCACAGCCCAUGGACUGGAGUAUCUCAGUUUUUACAGACAUCUCAGAAAAUUAUUCAAUUUGCCUCUGGAAAAGAACCUCAACCAAAUGAUACCAUAAUCUACGUGGCAGGAGCAUUUGACUUGUUCCAUAUCGGUCACGUAGAUUUUCUGGAAAGUGUUUACAAGUUGGCAGAUAGGCCUUAUGUUAUUGUUGGUCUACAUUUUGAUCAGGAAGUCAACCGAUAUAAAGGCAAGAAUUAUCCGAUUAUGAAUGUGCAUGAAAGAACUCUCAGUGUACUGGCCUGCAGAUAUGUGUCUGAAGUAGUGAUCGGAGCUCCUUAUUCUGUGACUGCGGAUUUGCUGGAUCACUUCAAGGUUGACUUGGUCUGUCACGGAAAGACAGAAGUAAUUGCUGAUAAGGAUAACUCCGAUCCCUAUGCUGAGCCAAAGCGACGCAACAUCUUCAAAACCAUCCAUAGUGGUAAUGACCUCACCACAGACCACAUUGUUCAAAGAAUAAUCAAGAACAGGUUACAAUUUGAGGCAAGGAACCAAAAGAAAGAAGCUAAAGAGCUGGCUGCGAUAGAGGCAAUCAAGAAGAGAGCUGAUGAACAAAUUAAGGAAAUCCCGGAUGAGAAAGACUGUCAAUAAUGCAAUGCUGAAGCAUGCAUUCAGGAUGGGCAUUUACAUCAGUACACUAAAUUUAAUGAAUGAUCUUAUGUCGGCACUGUUUUCUCUUUAUGUUUACCAGAUUUAAGUGCUUUAGAUUUGCAGUGCGUUUGCUUGGCAAGACUUUUAAUAAUAGUUUUAAUUUAAAAUUAUGGGAUGCACCAAAGGAAUGGUCUGAACAUUUGGGUGUACUAAAGCAGCUGCUUGUAAAUAUCCAGAUGGUUAGUGAGUGUGUUUACAGUCCAGUGCAGUAAAAUCUUUAAGUAUAUAAUUUAAAAUUGCAUAUUCUAUUUUCAUUUAAUUGACCUGUAAAAGAUCUGCUAUUGUAGACUUUUCAAAAAUCUGUCAUACUUGUGGUAAUUUAGAUUUAUUUAUGUAUCAUGCUGCUUUUCUAUUUAUAAGGAUAUUUAAGGUGCAAUUAAAAUUAAAACUAUUUUAGUGUUUACUAACUAAACAAUGGUAUCAAUUUAAUUUGCAGAGAUCAAUGAGGUUGAAAGAGUGCAGAGAAAAUUAAUAAGGCUGUUGCUGAGACUUGAGGCCUGAGUUAUAGGGAAAGGUUGAAUAGGGUUAGGACUUUAUUCCGUGGAGUGUAGGGGAAUGAGGAGAUGUUUGAUAGAGGUAUUCAAGAUUAUGAGGGAUAUCGAUAGGGUAAAUGCAAGCAGGCUUUUUCCACUGUGGUUGGGUGAGACUGGAACAUGAGGGUGGUGAGAGUGUGGAACGAGCUGCCAGCGGCAGUGGUGGAUGUGGGUUUGAUUUCAACAUUUAAGAGAGAUUUGGAUUGGAACAUGUAUGGAAGGGCAGGUCAAUGGGACGAGUUAGAAUAAUAGUUGGGCAUGAAGUAGAUGAGCUGAAUAGCCUGUUUCGCUGCUGUAGUGCUCUAUGGCUCUACAUUAACCUGUGGUCCUCAGACAUAGUGCAGGAAGCAAGUUUAAAUCUCAAGUUUAUUUAAUAAAGGUUAUGAACUUUUGUGGCCAUUUCACCAUUGACCCACAUCCCCAACAACAAAUAGUCCUCAGUGGUUUGAAGAAUAACUUGGCACUAAUGGACUUGGUAUUUCUUCUUCUCUUGGCAUAUUUGGUAGUUCUGAUUAUUCCGAGGCAAAAUUCAUUUAGGUAACUGUUAUUUCAAGGGACCAUAUAGUAUUUCAAAGGUGUCUGUAAUACAUACUGUCCAGUAUAAUUACCCGUAUAUACAAUGGGCUGAUAGUAAAUCUGUUAUAUCUUAGCUCUGUUUAGUCAGGAUUUAAAAAUCAAACAUUUCAAAUUCAUGCAUUUUUCUUUAGAUCUGGUUUGUAUUCCAGCACUUAACCAUGUAAGCAGCUCAAAUAAAUUUCUUUCUUAGAAAUUUACCUGUAAAUUAUGGAAUAUUAUUUCAUAAUU